AUUCCAGAAGGUCGUGCAGUAGAAGUUGGUUGAUCUUCCAAGGCAUGGAGCAUGAACUCAGUUUACAAUUCGCAAUCUACUGCACUAGUAAAAUCAACCGAUAUGCGCUUCACCCUCGCUUUCGCUCUUCUCGCUGUCCCCGCACUCGUGUCUGCGACUUUGGAUCCGUGCAGCUCCAACUCCAAGGGCAAGUGCCCCAGCACCUACAACUGCAGUGUGACCAAGGUUUCAAAGGCCAUCCAAGCGGCUGAAUGCUCGCACAACACUCGCACCUCGACGACUCAAACCUUUGCCGUCUUCGUGACGGACCACCAGUACGACGGCAAUAACGGCUACCCGUACGGCACCUGCUCUGCGUACACGUGUGAUCCGCCGACGUCGGACGAGAUGGAGGACAACGACGACUGCUGGACGUUCUUCUGGAGUGGCAACGGUACAGACAGCGGUGUUGGAACUGGUUGCAUCAAGGACCCCACCACGGGUGACUGCGGCUGCGAGAACUCUGACGGCACGUUCGUGGCCGAUAGCAGCAGCUGCGUGUAAGUCAAGAUCGUACCGAGUUAGCGUUGUAGACGCCGUGAGUGAAGACGUUUGAGUUGUGGCGAUUUAGUAGAGAAGGGAGAGCGGAGUUACUCUUUACAAAGACUAGAUUGCUAAAUGUUCGAUUACACGUAUGUGAGAAGAAAAAAAACUACUUGAGUAUGGAA